CGUGUGGGGUGGGGUGGGGGGGGUUAGGCCUCCAUUUUUACCAGGGCGUCUGCAGCAGCUGUCCCCUGGCAUGUCAGCGGGAGCGGCACAGUAGUGAUACUGGGGUCAGAAGCAAACUGAGGCUGCUGCGCGCAGGUUGAUUAAAGAAGGUUUAUCUUCACUUUCUUCAUCCAGGACCUGCAGCCCGACCAUGGAGGAUCAGUACCAGUACAACACUAAUGAGGAGAAGUUUGUGAAGGACAGCCACACCAAAGAGAUAGAUCUAAUUAACAGAGAUCCCAAGCAGAUCAAUGACGACGUGGUGAAGGUGGAGUUUGAGGAUGUCAUUGCAGAGCCUGAUGGUACACACAGCCUGGAUGGGGUGUGGAAGCUCAGCUACACCACUUUCACUGUGUCCAAAUACUGGUGCUACCGCGUUUUGUCUGCUGUCUUUGGUAUCCCCGUGGCCCUGCUCUGGGGCUUCCUGUUUGCCUGCAUCUCCUUCUGCCACAUCUGGGCUGUGGUGCCCUGCAUCAAGAGCUGCCUGAUUGAGUCGCAGUGCGUGAGCCGCAUCUACUCCCUUUGCAUCCAGACCUUCUGCGAUCCCUUCUUUGAAGCCUUGGGCAAGAUCUUCAGCAGUGUUCGCGUGGCACUGCGCAAAGAAGUCUAAGAACUCCUGCAGUAGUGUUUGUAGCGUGAUCGGAUGAAGCGUGGUAUCUUUUUAUACACCAGAAGACCAGACUUGGCAUCUCGCUUGCUGCCUAAUACUCUUCCUCCACCUUGACAUGACAUGCUGUUCCCCACCCUCCCAGUGUCUGACUCAUCGAUCUGAAUCCUGACAUGCCCUCUGUGGAUUUUGCCAACAGAAGUUCUGUGACAGCUGAAGCGGGCAGUGUGGUUCUCCGACAGCUCUGGCACUUCUGGAGAAAAGCCCUGUCUAGAUACGACCACCCUCAUUUAUUAUUUGUUACACAAAAUGCUCGGACAAUGACUACUGGUUCACUGCACAUGAAACGAACUGCACGACACUGCUGUAACCUGAGGAUGCUGCUGCUUUAUUGAAUCGCAUUUGGCCAUCUUAAAAUUGAUGCUGUAUGAUCCUGCAUCUGGAAUUGUUUCACUUGAAUUAAAUGAAUGGAUCUUAUUGUUAAUACUUUAACAUGAGUGAAAGAAUUUUGUUAAAGGAAUUUAUCUUUGUCUGAUCCAGUUUCUUUGUGUAUUCUGAUGUAAUUUCCCCCUAAUUUCUUAUUAGUGUACAAAACUUAAUAGUUGUUUUGAAGACUUACAAAUGCAUACAUGUUUCAAACAGACACUUCCUCUAUUCAAAGUUUGAUGAGAUAAUAAUAAACAUGCUUAUUUGCGUAUUUCAGUCAAUUCUAAACAUAUAAGUUGGAGUGAAGUAAAAAUUCUUUGUGAGAUCUGUGUUAAUUUUUCACAGUGUGGUUCCUUUUGUUUUGUUUUUUUUAGACCUGCAGUCUGAGAAGCCAAAACAUUACAAAAAUACCUUAAACUGGACAGAAAAUCUUUUUGAUGAGUAUGUUGCACCAGAGUUUGAGUGUAUUGUGUGCAUUUUUCAAAACCUUCUGAGAGGCGUCAGAAAAUAUCUGUGCACUAACAUCUGUUUCACUGAUACAGUCCUUCUGGAAGAGGUGACCUGUGACCUGUGACCCACCAGAGGUUGCUGUUGUGUAUCUUUCAUGUGCUUUUCUUUUGUGUCUGAAAUCCACGAUCAAUAAUUCAUUGUCACCACACUCAUUUCUUUAGCUAUACAUCAGUUUUGUAUAGUCCAUACCAGGCUCUAGGCAACACACAGUUAAUACUGAGAAACAGCAGACUCUUCAAGACAUUAUCACAGUGUUUAAUGCUAAGCCUUAUGCAGUUAUGCAAUCACAUUUUAUUAAAACGAAACGGCUUUAAUCGCUUUCAUUUUACUAGAAUGAUGCUCUUAAUUUUUCCAGACUUAAUUAGGUUAAACUCUCAUCACACAUCACACAUUUUAAUAACCAAGACACACAUUAUAAUCUCCCAGACUUUAGUGCUGUGAUACAAAACAUAUUUUUACUGCAAGAUUCAACCUUUUUACUGAUAUUUAGAAUUCUUACACCGGAUUGUCAGGUUGAAUCCACUGGAAAGCAGAUUAAAAGGAAAUGCAGGGCUUUAUUUUCAAAAGGAAAUUUUCAGUUUCAAGAGCACAAAAUUAAUUGCUGAAUCACUGAAAAAAAGCAAUUAGUGAGUAAAAUAUAUGACUUAUAAUAUAAAUACUCAUUUUUUAAGUUAUUCAUUUACAUAUUUUAUCUGCCUCUUUCGAAACAUAAAUUUAAAAAAAAGAAUCACACACGCUGAUUGGCCUCCAUAUUUAUUUUUAAUUAAUGUACCCAUAAAGUACUUGUGAAUGAAAAGUUGUUGAUGUGGUCAAUAACUGCUCAUUUAUGAGUAAUUGAAUAAUAAUGGUGCCAUUAGUGGCCUUAAACAUUAGCACAGUAACAAGGUUACAAAAGACUGAAUCCAUAAAUAUGUAUACCUGUUUAAUAGAAAGAUUGGUCUUUGCAUUAGGUACACCUUGCUAGUACAUGUUGGACUGCCUUUUGCAUUCAGAACUGCAUCAUUGGUUUGUGGCACAGUUUCAGCAAGGUGCUGAAUCAUUCCUCAGAGAUUUUGCUCCACAUUGACAAGAUAGCAUCACACAGCUGCUGCAGAUUUGCUGGCUGCACAUUCAUGAUGGAAAUCUCUCAUUCCACCAUAUCUCUAAAGUGCUCUAUUGCACUGCGAUUUGGUGACUGUGGAGGCCAUUUGAGUACAGUGAACUCAUUGUUAUGGUCAAGAAACCAGUUUGAGAUGAGUUGAACUUAUGCCAUGGUGCAUUAUCCUGCUGGAAGCAGUCACCAGCAGAUGGAUAACUGUGGUCAUAAAGUGAUGGUCAGCGGCAGUACUCGGGUAACUGUGGCCUGUUGGUACCAAGGGGGGGUAAGUGUGCCAACAAAAUGACACCACAACCACCAGCCACUUAUUCUGUUUCACUAAAUAUGCCACUCGUGGCACUCUUAAUUUCCCAAUAAGUUGGGAUAAAUAAAGUUAUUUGAAUCUGAA